ACACACAAACGUCCCCAAUUGUACCAGUCUGGGUUUCAUCCGUUAAACAGCCGGAUCAAGAAGUUCUAGUCUACGCGCUCUUAGACACGCAGAGCGAUACAACCUUCAUCCUAGACGAAGUGGCCCAUGAGCUCAACACAAACAAGGAAAGUGUCAGCUUGCGUCUGUCCACGAUGUCUUCAAGGUCAACAGUCAUACCAUGCCAUAAACUGACAAGUCUACAAGUGAGAGGAUACAACUUAGAGAAAAGGAUUCCGCUGCCACCACUUUUUACACGAGAGUUUAUUCCUGCAGACAGAUCGCAUAUUCCAACCACUGAAACAGCUCUAAAAUUGCCUCAUCUGAAGCAAUUAGCGGACAAGAUUCCACCACCACUGGACUGUGAAGUAGGUCUGCUGAUAGGCUAUAAUUGUCAUCAAGCCCUUCUUCCAAGAGAGAUUCUGUGUGGUGAAGAAAAUCUUCCAUACGCACAGAGAACCGAUCUCGGCUGGAGCAUUGUCGGCUGUUUGAAUCCAGCAAGUGACUACAGCGACGCAAUAGGAUUCAGUCACAGAAUCAUAGUGCGACAAGUGACACCUGCCGUGCAACCAUCCGUGGAGCUGAAGAAAGAAGUACACUUUGUCUGCAAAACUCAAGUCAAAGAGAUCAACUCAACAGACAUAAUCAAGGUCCUUGAAUCUGACUUCACAGAUCACACUACAGAUGAUAACCCAGUUUCUCAGGAAGACCUUCUCUUCUUGCUUAAGGCGAAAGAAGGCAUAAGGCAGAAGGAAGACGGCCAUUAUGAGCUCCCGCUUCCUUUCAAGACUGACAAACCAAAUCUACCAGACAAUAAACAAUGUGCAGUUCAUAGGCUCAUCUCAUUAGGGCGACGACUGAGGAAAAAUAAGCAGUACUAUGAGGAUUAUGUCAGUUUCAUGAACGACAUUAUAACUCGAGGAGAUGCGGAGAAGGUCCCACAACCCGAUCUCAAAAACCAACCAGCAUGGUACAUUCCACACCACGGAGUUUACCACCCCCACAAACCAGGGAAGAUUUGUGUGGUUUUUGACUGUUCUGCACGCUACCAAGAAACUUCCCUAAACGAUCAUCUCUUGACCGGGCCAGACUUGACUAACACAUUGGUCGGAGUGUUAUGUCGAUUUAGAAAGGGUCCAGUUGCCAUAAUGUGUGACGUUGAGAAGAUGUUUCACCAGUUUCACGUUGCAAAGGAACAUCAAGACUACCUACGGUUUCUCUGGUGGGACAAAGGUGAUCUGGACUCCAAUCCGUCAGUGUACAGAAUGAGAGUGCACCUGUUUGGGGCAGCGUCUUCCCCUGGCUGUUCCAACUUCGGACUUAAGCAUCUGGCAUCGCAGGGUCGUGGAAGAUUCAGCGAAGAGUCCAUUAAGUUCAUCCAGAGAAGCUUUUACGUCGAUGAUGGCCUAAUAAGUGUAUGGUCAUCUGCCGAAGCCAUGCACCUGGUGGAGGAGUCAAGAGCCUUAUGCAGAACAGGAAACCUCCGGCUACACAAGUUUGUGUCAAAUGACAAAGAAGUCAUUGCUGCAAUACCACUUCCAGAACGUGCCCAAGCCAAAGAUCUAGACAUGGCACUAGGAGAUCUUCACAUUGAGCGAGCACUCGGAGUUCAGUGGUGCGUUGAAGCUGAUGAAUUCCAAUUUAGGGUCGUAGUCAAAGAAAAUCCACUGACAAGGAGAGGGGUUCUCGCUACUGUCGCCUCAGUCUAUGAUCCGUUGGGGUUUGUGGCUCCUUUCAUACUAGUCGGCAAACAGAUCCUUCAAACGUUAUGCAGAGACAAAGUAGGCUGGGACGAAGAUCUCCCAGAGCACAUUUUUCCACGAUGGGAGUCAUGGCUCAAGGAUUUGCCUCACCUCGCAGCUCUAAAGAUUCCAAGAAGCUACAUUCCAUCCAGCUUUGGCAAGGUUAAGCAAUAUGAGCUGCACAACUUUUCAGAUGCAAGUCUCAAUGGAUAUGGUGCAUGCUCAUAUCUUCGAGCCAUAAGUGAAACAGGACAAAUUAGUUGUUCACUCGUUGUGGGGAAGGCAAGAGUAGCCCCUACCAAGCAAACAACUAUCCCAAGACUUGAAUUGUCGUCAGCUGUGACUUCGGUCCGAAAUGGUGACCUCGCCAAAAGGGAGCUUGAGAUUGAAAACCUGCAAGAGUGUUACUGGACAGACUCAAAGGUGGUCCUCGGCUAUGUGAACAACGACGCCAAGAGAUUUCACACUUUUGUAGCAAACCGGAUCCAACGUAUAAAAUCAAGCACAAAUCCUGAACAAUGGCGACAUGUCAGUUCUGAAAAUAACCCAGCCGACAGCGCCUCAAGAGGACUGAGUGCAGUUCAGCUGAAAGAGUCUAACUGGCUGAAAGGACCCAAUUUUCUUUGGCAGCCAAGUCUUCCACGUGAAAGGCAAAUGGUGGGAGAAGUAGAAGCAACUGACCCCGAGCUUCGCAAAACCCAUGUCCACACAGUCAGGACGGAAGAAGUAAAGUCAAUAGCAAACCACUUCAAUAAGUUCUCCGACUGGUCAAGAGCAGUGAGAGCUGUCGCCAGGCUCCAGAGAUUUGUCAGAGAAUUUAAGGGACUUCAGUCAAGAACAAAUGAAGCAACCAGUCUUGAAGAAAGAAAAGAAGCGGAAAUCUUCAUUAUCAGGCUGGUGCAAGAAGAAAACUUUGCCAAAGACCUUCACAAAAUCAAAUCUCAGAAAGUAUCCACCCUGAACAAACGCAACAAGUUGCACCAAUUAAAUGCCUUCUUGGACAGGAAAAAUGUCCUCAGGAAGAGAUGCAGCCAGCGCCUGAGAAACACGGGCGGAAUCAGAGAGGAGAGAGAAAUCAAUUACUGCCUUUGCCUCUGCCUAAAACAAGCCAUGUCGGAGACCUUCUACAAAAGGAGGACAAGAGGGGCCGGUGGCCCCUCAGACUCCCAAACCUCAGGAGACGGGGUGGAGAGCAUCCUAGAGGAGACGUGUCACAAAUCGCUGCUUCCAUCCACGCGCCAGGGACAGUGUGCCCAUCAGCUUGGCAUGAUUAUGGCCAUGAGAGAGGCUCUGAUUGUGGGAUGCUGGAGCGUGAAGCCACAGGAGGGGAACAUAGUGGGACGUGGCUGGGCCAGAGAGGAGGGAUGGAAGAAUGGAUGGGAAGCCCAGCUGGCGGCUGCUUCUAAUUGGGCUGAGCAGGUUUUCAUGGCUGACCAGACCCAUAUGCAGUGCGGAUCUAAAGAGAGAGAGGGCCACAAGCAAAGUAGCAGGGCAGGCCAAGCUGUAGGGGUGGAAGAGGGGGGUGUUAAACGGGCGAGAGGCUGGUCACACUCCAGCAGUCCCAGAGUCUUUUUUGUGACAGGGGGCAGAAAGGGCCAGCUGUCAUCCCCUGACAGGAACAUGCACACCCCUCCAUGU